AUGACCUGGGACCCGAACCAUUUGCCCCGCGCCUUCCGACACGAGAAGGGUUCAGCGAGGGCGUCGGCAGCUGCUCUGGAGAUCAGCCGCAGGGCAGUUGAAGAUCAACUAAAGAUAUGUGGCCACAAGAGGGAUGCUGAUGUCUUUGAGCUGUUCCUUUCUCAAAAGGAACUGACAGAGGUCAUUGAUCUUUCUAGGUUUAAAAAAUUAAAAUACUUAUGGCUACAUCAUAACAAGCUCCAUGGAAUAACAUUUUUAACUAGAAACUGUUGUCUGACAGAACUAUAUCUAAACAACAAUGCAAUAUUUGAGAUAGAAGGCCUGCGUUGCCUGCCCUCCUUGCAUAUACUCCAGCUUCACCACAAUGAGUUAACAAACAUAGACGCCGCAGUGAAGGAGUUGAAGGGAAUGCUAAAUCUGAAGACCCUAAGUCUCUACCAAAACCCUUUGUGCCAAUAUAACCUAUACCGUUUGUAUAUAAUCUACCACCUGCCAGCAGUAGAGUUGCUUGACCGAAAUCAAGUUACAGAAAAAGAAAGAAGAUCAAUGAUUACCAUUUUUAACCACAAAAAGGCCCAUAUUGUGCAAUCAAUAGCAUUCCAAGGAAAAGUAGAUGCCUCGUGGGAUCCUAGAUCACCAUUUAAGCAAAAGCCAGCCCAGAAAGUACCUUCAGAUUUUGCAUUUGCGAAUAAUGUAGACAAAACUGUGUUGGAAGACCCAGAAGAUGCUGUUUUUGUAAGGUCCAUGAAGAGAUCAGCAAUGGCUUUCACCUCUCUGAACUGGGACACGGUUCCAACACGAGAGGAAAAAUACCUUGAAGAGAAAGGCACAGAACAUGUUCAAAUGCUCACAGUUACACUGAGAUAA